CAUAAAAAAUGUAGACUUCAACUUCGGGCUAAGUUGAACAACCGGUUCAUCUGGACCGCUCUUCCCGGGUUAGAGGCUCGCCGGUUUUGUUUAGCGUUUACAUCAAUUCCUGUAUUCUCUGAUGGGAGAAAACUGCUGCCUGCUGCAGCCGUUGAUACUUCCGGGUCGGAUAGCAGGUGUGAAUCCGAUUUCGUUAUUGGAAGGGCACAAUUACAAUGAUGCUGUGAACAAGUACAUUACUGGAAUGUCAGAGGAUCAGGACUUUGUAUCGGAGAAAGAUCUGGAUCAUUUUCUGCAACUUCUAGAUGGGUGCACCCUCUCCAGCUUUUCAAAGGCGAGACAAACCUAGGCGUGUAGACCUGUACUUUUCAAACUGGGUUGUUAAGCCUCGUAUGUGGUGCCAUUUCUAGUGGAUGUACAAAACGAAAAAUAUCAACUUUGCCAAUUGUCUAGGACACUAUAGCUUAAGAUUUACUUUAAGUGUGCACUUGUAACUAUGGUUACAGUGGAACCAAAGAAAGGGGAUGGACACCUAUCUGCAUGUGAGAUCACACUAGUUCAGUAUGAUGAUUUGGGCAUCCCAAAAGAUGUAGUACGAUUAGGUGUUCGUCAGGGGAUGUGGGGUACUGUCAAGAAGUUGCACAAUGGCCUCCGAGCAUAUCAGGAUGCGAGGAAGUCAGAGGCAAUGGUUUCCAGGUGUGCAAUGAUGGCAAGAAUCACUGCAAAAAUAUCAUCUGAUGUAGGUACUGGUACUUUGGGGCGAGUCUCUGGUGAAGAAGAGAAACGUGAGACUAACGAUAUCCAGGGUCAGAGAGGAGGUGGUGGCAUCAAGUGGAAAUACGGGAAGUAUUCCUACGCUGUUGAUUUGAAGUUUUCAGUUUCACGAACUCCGCGAGGAUUAAUCUCAUCACAGUUUCAAAUGGACAAACAAUUAUUUUACACGGAGAGUGUUUUUAUUGUUGUUAGUAGUGUGAAUUUCGUGUUCUCAAUUUGGAUAGUUAUGGUUUCUAACUUAUGUAUUAGAUCAUUUUGACAAGCAGCACAGAGAUCAAAUUGUUCACUUCUCUUGACUAGAACAUUUCCAUGUGUAGACUGCAUCUUAUGUUCAUAUCAACAUUUUGAUAUGAAAAUCUAAAGUUGGGUUGACUAAAAUUGUCUUGAA